AAUUGUAGAUUCUUGUGGUGGCGCAAUGGCUGUUUCAAUUUGUUUUGAGGAUGGUUCAUGCCCGGAUAGACUAGUUCGUACUUCCUCUGAUUAUUGUUGUGAAUGUCCAUAUGGACAGGCUGCAGGGAAAUGUGCUCAUGGAUGCCCUCCCAACUAUUCUUGUGAUUAUGGUGGAGAAUAUUGUUGCCCUAAAUGCCCGCAAGGGGAUAAACCCUAUGGUUCUUGCUUUAACGGUGAAUGUGCUACUGGAUAUAUUUGCUCUGCCGGCAAUAUUUGUUGUAACAGAAAAUAA